GUUAGUUUUACUUGACCCAGUACUUUGCUUUUGUGAUAAAUAGUACUUACGUAGUACUCGUUACAACUCCCUACUAAGCGUCUAUUAAAGGGGCUUUUGUAAGUAGGCUCACCGUAGUUCUUAGAAAUUUCAAAGAGCGUGAAACGAAAGCAAAUAUUAAACCGAAACCCCGUGAUCACCAUGUCCGGCGCACCCCUCUCGACCGGUAGUACACCAACAACUACCGGUCACUACAUUCUCCCGGCGUACUACCGGCAAUGCGGAAAACGCGAUUCGCCGUACUGCGAGCCGCCGAAACUGCCGAGCAUCGCUUUAAAAGACGAAAACCUCGAUAACAUGCACACGCACACCAACUUGCAGCUGCUCGCGACCGGAGAGUACAUCGGGGCCGAAUUCACACAGGACUUCCAACUCUUUUGCCCCCUGCGGAAAACGAUCUAUCCUAUAGAAAAACGUCCCCACCCCAUAGUUGUCAUGCACAUUUGCAUCUACAGAAAAAUCUGUAAUGCACAUGAUCCGCGAGAGAGGAAUUUGUAGUCGUGUUCUGGUAUUUGUGAUGCUGUAAACAGGAUGAGCAGAACUGUCUUUGUGAUGCUGCUGUCCUUGCUAAACAGGACUACUGUACGGAUGGAAACUUGUCAUGCAUAAUUAAGUCCCAAAACUUGGAGAUUUGUGUUGCAGAUUUACCCACUUGACUCUGGGGUGGGGACUUUUUUUUUUGCUCAGGAUACGAUCCGGCAGCUGUUUAAGGAGUUGAGAGACGACAUUUUUCCGAACAUGUUCAAGUGCAUCCCCCGGGAACCCAAGUACUUACUACUAUAUUUUGCUUUACAAUAUAUCAAUUUCGUUUUGUCAUGCACAACUUUCAUGACGAGCGCGCUUUGUCAUGCAAGACCGCAAAAAGGUACCGGCAUAACAACUUCAAAAUUCAUUUCUCGAGGACAUUCAUAGAUACAUUCCUCCCUUCCAGAUGCGGCGCGGCCAUCUUUGACCGGCACGAGAUUUGCGUGAAGCUGAUGCUACUGCUAUUGUGAGGAAAAAUCCUCCCUCCCCAUACCAGACCGGGAUACUUCUGAAAAUUUGUGAUGCUGAUUUGAGACCACAAAUCGUCGCUGUAUUGCAAGAAGGCAAAUCCACAAACCUUGGCGCGUCGUCCUGCAGGCAAUUUGUGAUGCUACAUGGCCUACGGAGGAUAUGCCUGCCUUGCUAGGCGCCUACACCAAAACGCCCCCGCUCUGGCUUGAUAUCAGCCUGCACUUGUCUACUGCAAGACAAAGCCGAUUCGUGUACACAAAUCCCGCAUCAAAGAUUUCCAUGUCGGUAUUGGGAGGGAGGAUUUUUCCUUUUGAUAACUGCUCCUGAACGGCCGCUGCCGCCGGGUGGAGCAACGGGAGCUUCUCAUGCGGGAGAUGCAACGGCUGGCCAUGGUGAACAACGAAGUGGCAGAUAGGAAGCUGUACGACUACUGCUCUGCGAUCAAGCAAAUCCGGGCGUUAGUACUGGGUGGAGGUGGCAGUGGUUACCCUAGUGGCAGCACUACGAUGAACAAGGAUGGUGCGAAGUCUGGUGGUGACAAUGGGGAGGCAGUCAUGCACGUGGUAGAUGAUGCACAUGCUGACCCAGUGGAAGAAAUGGGCCUGGUCGCCGAGAACGAAAUGUUUGAGGAGGUGCAAAGCUGUGCGUACGACGACGACUUCUGCGACAAAUGCUUGAACGGUGACAUUCAGGAGUGGCCGCGGGCCGUGUACCACGAGAUGACGAUGCCGGAAGGUCCGAGCCCCGAGGAGCGCGGGAGGCCCGUGGUAUGCAUUGCAAAAGCAUGAUCGCACUAGUUCAUCUAGUAUGAAUUGCAUUACAAAUUUGCUCAGCAUGAGAAAUAGGAUGUGUCAUGCUGUUUUACCUUUUGAUGGAGAUUUGUAAUGCAUAACUGCGAUCACUACGAGUUGUACGAUGCUUUUGCAUUGCAUACGUGGAAACGCACGUGGACGAUGACAUUCAGUACUUCGCGGACCUGGAUGACGAGGGCAAGCUGCGGUCCCUUGUCACAAGACUACUUUUCCUCACGCCACUAUCCAAGAAAAAAAACUGUGUUAGUGUAACUUUCUUUGGUUCUUGACAGCAUUACAAAUUUGCUCCACAUGACAGAGAAAACCUGUCAUGUGUGGCUUGUAAGGAAAAACACACAUGAAAAGAGGAAUUCACGGCUGUCUGGCAUGACAAGUGUAACUCUGUUGCAUGUUCUGCAUUGCAGAGUUACACUUAGACAGUUUUUUUCUUGCAUAGCCACCAACCGAGCACUGGCCGGAGGAAAAUGAAGACGGAGACGCAACGCCCGUGAUUCACGGAAAAAGAAAAAAGAUGACGGUGUUGACGGAGGACCUCGGUUCCCCGGAUCUGCGGGCGAUGAUAGCCGCGGGGGAGAAAUCCCGCGCGGCGGCGGCAGCAGCAGUGAAGGAAGGAGCUGUGGGCAACACUGGUACAACUGGCGCAGCACCUAUGAAAGAAAAAAACUGUGUAAGUGUAACUUUCUUUGGCUGACAGCAUCACAAAUUUGCUCUACAUGACAGUGAAAACCUGUCAUGCGUGGCUUGUGAGGGAAAACACACAGAAAAAAAGGACUUAGUGGCUGUGUGGCAUGACAGGCGCAAUUCUGUUGCAUAUUCUGCAUUACAGAGUUACACUCACGCAGUUUUUUUCUUGCAUAGCACCUCCCGUUGUUCCUUCGCCAAAGACGAGCAGCAGCAGCACCGCCAAGCCCCGACGGCCCUAUCACGAACGCGAGUUCGCGCAGUAUUGCAAGGAAAAAUACUUCCUCCCCAUAUUGAAAACAUGUCCUUCCGAAAAUUUUUGAUGCAGAUUUGUGACCACAAAUCCUGUCUGUCUUGCCAGAGGGCAAACCCACAGAGUCCGCCGCGAUAUGCAGGCGGUUUGUAAUGCUGCAAGACCUACUGGGCAGACGUCUGCCAUGCUGGGCCCCGACACCAAAAGGUCCCCCCUUAGGCUUGCGGUCUGCGUGCAGUGCUUUCCUGCAAGACAAAUGUGAUUUGUGUAUAAGUACACAAAUCCCGCAUCACAGAUAUCCGCUUUGAUAUGGGGGAGAGUUUUCAUUUUGAUACGCAGCCGACGUACUUCAGCCAGCCAUUCAAACGGCCGGGUCCCGGCCUCCCGAUCGGCACUGCGCCGGGGCAGUCGGUGAUCAGCAACAUGGUAGACCAGCUGAACCGCAUCAACAGUUUGGUCCUCGAGAACGCGAAGCGGCUGAGCGGGAAGUGGACACUGCACAAACUGCACCCGGCCUCGCCCGCAGCGGUGGUUGCGGAAAAGUGCAAGCAGGACGCGGGGCAGCUGGCGGAAAUUAUGGACGACUUUGAGUACUUACGGAUUGCAAAUAUGUCUGGGUCUGGAAGAUUGCGAGAUUUGUCAUGCUUGUCUGGCAUGACGAAAAAGCUUGUUAUGCGUGUCCAAGAGGAGACCCUUUUGCCUGUCAUGCAAAAACGCAGUUUGUCAUGCGAAAAACGCAACACAAAGAAGCGCAGACAUUUCUCAUGCUUGCCUGUGCAUUACAGAGCAGUCACUAUUCCCAACGCAGCAUUACAAGUUUCCAGACCCAGACACUUUUGCAGUUGAUAGUACUCGCUGGAAAACUAUUUCGUGGACGUCCGGCUGGAAGACAACCGGUAUUUCCGCAAUCGGUUUCUGCUAUGCAUUGCAAAUAUGUCUGAGUCUGGAUUUGUGAUGCGAAAUUUGCAGGACAAAAAGAUCUGUGAUGCAUGAGGAGGAUUGGCUAGCUAUUUUGUCGUGCUGAAAGGUAGUUUGUCAUGCAAAACGCACCAGGACUCGCAGUUUGUCACGCAAGACUCAGCAACACAAAUUCGCUAUUCAGCCCCAGACAUGUUUGCAUUUGAUAUCUGCGGUUCGCGUACGUUUUGGAAAAGCAGGAGAAGCAGCUGGAGACCUUGGCGAAAGGGGCGAAGCGCAUCCAGGACUGCAUGCUCGAGGAGGUGGCCGGGAUCUACGAGAAAAAUGUGAGACGGCUGUACUGCAAGAAAGA